GUGCACAUAUUGAUGCAAUGGUGGCAUUGGAGAAAAUUGAUUGGGGUUUUCGUUAUGAAGAUACAACUUAUCCAAUUCAAGCUUAUGUAGGAGAUGAAGAUGAUAAUGUACCAUUACAAGCUUGGUUAUAUAUGAGUAAUAAAAUGAAUAAUGUUAAUUUAAAUAUUAUUAAAGGAAGUGGUCAUUAUUUAUUAUAUAGAAUGGAUUUUAUGGAAGAAUUAUUUACAGACAUUAAAAAAGCUGUUGAUUUAGAAGAUAAUUUACUAUAUAAUAUCAAUAUUAAUGAUUAA